CCCAAUUUUUGUUAACGUUUGAGGCUCUGGGAAAGCUUAUUCAAGGCUAACACCUCCAUUCGAAUACGAAUGUUGUUCUAUUAAUCCAACUACUACCGAUUUACAUUAAUUACAUUAAUAUAAGAAAUAAAGUUGCCCUCGUUGGUUGCGUCAUGGUUGUGAAACUCCGAACAAGCUCAACCGAGCGGUCAGCCGCCAGCAACAGUCCAGUAUUGUGCACCAGUUAGACACAGGACAGUGGCGAUGGAACUGGUGAAGGGCAGCUUGGCUCUGGUUACUGGAGCCAGCAGUGGUAUAGGCCGAGCUACUUGUCAAGCUCUGGCCAAGGAAGGAGCUACUGUGGUGGUCACCUGUAUAGAUGAGGCAGGAACCAACGAGACUCUAAAACUGCUGCCAGGGUCCGGACAUUCUGUGUAUAAGUACGAUGUCACCGACUUCAAGUCAGCCCCGGAACUACUCAAGGCCAUUGUCCAGAAGUACAACAGACCUCCCAACAUCCUGGUUAACUGUGCUGGUAUCAUACAUUUUCACUCGACGCUAGAAGAGACGCCAGAGACCUUCCAACAAAUAAUCGAUGUCAACCUCAAGGGAACAUUCUUCACAAGUCAGGCUGUGUGCAAGGAACUCGUAGCUGCCAAACUUCCAGGAGCCAUCGUUAACAUAUCCAGUGUGGUUGUCCUGCGGGGGAUUGAGAACGUCAUUGCCUACACGGCCUCCAAGGCAGGGGUCGAUGGUAUCACCAAGUGCAUGGCCAAGGAUAUGAGCCAGUACAAUAUACGUGUGAACAGUAUCCUGCCAGGAUGGAUUGAGACAAGGAUGACAUCCGAGAAGCCCGAGGAGGUGUCCUACACUCCAGAAACCUGGACCUUACUGUUGGCCACCAAGCGAACUGGACAACCUCAAGAGAUUGCCGAAGUGGCGACGUUUCUUGCGUCUGACAGAGCUUCUUACAUAAACGGGACUUCCAUCAACGUCUCAGGAGGUUACUGAAGAAUAGUAGUUCUCCUUGUGAUUCGAGAAAUGUACUUAAUGUUAAUCAUAGUUAGGUAGCUAUUAAAGUAAUACGAACUUUU